UACAAUUUCAGUCAUUUUCAAUUUUCAUGCGUCCUUUCUUUGACAGUCCGUUUCGUCUCUUCUCCAAGCAUGGCAUACCAAAAGAAAGCUACAGUUUUCAUUCUUAAUGUCUCGCCUUCCAUGGCCGUUCAGUUGGAAGGUCAUAAAAAGGACGCUUUCCAGGAAUCCUUGGACGUGCUGAAGAAUUCACUGGAAGAAAAGGUAUCGUGUCCUCUAUCGCGAAUCCUGGACUCACGUCUUCCAUGCUCAUCGCUACAUAGGUCUUGGCAGGUCGCAAAACGGACAUGACAAGCGUCAUUCUAGCAGGAACAGAAGACAGCGAUAACGAGCUCGCUGCGGAAACGCCAGGUCAAUACCAGCACAUCACCACUUUAAGCGAAAUGUCGCAGCCUGAUUUGGCUCUCUUGAAAAAACUGGUCAACGUGACCCCAACUGAUUCCAAGAAAUCGGCCGCGGACAUGUUGGAUGCUCUAAUUCUGGGCGUACACAUCAUUGUGCAGCAUUGUCGACAUUUGAAAUACGUCAAGCAAAUUGUUGUAUUCACGGAUUUUGACCAUCCUAUUGACUGGCAAGACUUUGACGAAGUGAGCAAAAUGUUGAAAACGAACGAUAUCGCUCUGGUCGUAAUCCGUGCGGAUGCUGGAUCACCGGUGAAAUCCGAGAACAAGUCCGUAAAGGAAGAAAACGAGCAACAGUGGAAACAACUGGUGGAAACCACCGAACAAGGGGCCAUUUACAGUCUGGAGGAAGCUUACGAAACGGCUAGUGCUUUCCGCACCAAAGAAGUUCGUCCGACGCCGGCCUUUCGCGGUUUUCUGCAAUUGGGCGAUCCCAAACAGUACCCUGAUACAAGCUUAGCCAUCAGUGUAUUCAUGUACGCUCGCACCUAUGAAUACCGCUUACCCUCAGCCAAGAAAUGGUCCGCGUUAUCGGAUACCGCCGAAGAUCUACCGGCCUCAGAACUCACCCAUCAAGUGACGAUGGAAAGGAGAUACAAGCUAAAACCUUCCAACUACACCGGUCGCAAAGGAACGGACGCCGACGGCGAUGAUAAUGAAGCCGAUCAAGGCGAACCGGCAGCAUCCGGCGCAGGACAACAGGAAUCAACUGAUAAUGAUACCAGCAAACAAGACGAACCAGGUGCUGAAGUGGCGGAAACAGACCUUGAACGAGCUUACAUGUAUGGCAAGACCGUGUUGAAACUGUCUGAAGAAGAAGAAAGGUAUUUGCAGCUGGAAACGGAACCGGGAAUGACCAUUUUGGGAUUCUUCAAAGCAGAUCAGCUACCCCGUGAUUACCUCAUGGCCAAUGUUUACGUGAUCACUGCGGGUGCUCACAAUAAAGAGAGUGCGUCCACUGCCAUUGCGGCCUUAUCCCAUGCCUUGUACGAGAAACAAGCCGUGGCUCUAGCACGUUACGUUUCGCGGGCGAAUUCUGCACCCAAACUAGGUGUGCUGAUGCCUUAUCAUGCACCGGAUAUUCACGUUCUCCACUUUGCUCAGGUACCUUUUGCAGAAGAUAUACGUCAAUUUACAUACAGUUCACUGGAUCGGAUCGUCAUGGCUUCGGGGAAAGUUAUUACGGAAGAUCAUCCGUUGCUUCCCACCCCAGACAUGCUCGACUCGAUGGAAACCUUUGUUCAAAACAUGAGCCUGAUGGACUUGCCUCAGAAAAAUGGUGAACAUGGAGAAUACCUUGUACCGGAAGAUACGUACAAUCCGGCGCCGUGGCGUUUGAAUGAAGCCAUUAAAAUGCGUGCAUUGAACGAAGCCGCGCCAGUGCCUGAUACACAUCCCACAUUAGCUCAAGAGCUGCGUAUGGUGCCUGAGCUGGAAGAAAAGAAUAAAGACCACAUUGAAAAGAUGAAGGAGCUCUUCAAGAUCAAAAAAGUGGAUGUGAAAGCGGCCAAGAAGCGCGGUUACGGUGCUGGACGAGAAAGGGAUGGUGCGCAGCCACAGGAAGGCGCGGGUAUGCCUUCAGUGGAAGAUAUUAUUUCAUCGCAAGUGGACGGUCAGACCAAGAAAGUUAAAGUGGAAGACCAAGCGUCUUACGAUGCCGCUAUGCAAUCGAUGCUCAAGAAAGACGUUCGCGAUAUUUCCAGUGUGAAUCCUGUCGCUGAUUUCAAGGCCAUGAUUGCCAACACUAACGAAGAUCUGGUCACGGAAGCUGUUGAUAAGAUGGGCAAGAUGGUUAUUACGUUGGUGACCACCUCUUUUGGCGAUCAAUACUAUUCCAAAGCCAUGGAUUGCUUGAAAACAAUGCGUUCCACCGCCGCCGAGGCUUUACAGGAAGAUGAAGCUGGCGCGUUUAAUCAACAUUUGUAUCAACUUCGUUCUGAAUGCGAUAUCAACAACCCCAACUCGCGACGACUUGAUUUUUGGAAGCAGAUGAAAGACCAGCAUAUGACGCUAAUUACAAAGGAUGAGUCGAAAGAUGCCGACGUCGCCAACGUGACCAAAGAGGAUGCUGACAAUUUCUUGAGCGGCACGGGAACGACGACAGCUCCCGCGAUUAGUUCGGAGAAGGAGGAUACGGAUUACAUGGAUACCGACAAUCUGUUGGAUAUGCUCGAAUAAGAGGCGUUCUCCUAACCCAAAAGGAAAAGCGAAAAAAAAGGACAGAAUAA